CGAAAUCUUAAAUAUCAAUUUUUGUUCUUGUUAUUUGUGUAGAUUCUAAUUUUUGAGAUUUAAUUGAUUCCCGAAAGUAUCAAUUUCCACCACAUAUUUAAUGUCUGAUAUUGUGUUGGUUAUGAUUGUAAUAGAUUGUUCGAAGCGAUCAUAAAUUGAUUGCUCGACGUCUACAUACAUCACGUAUUCGAUACAUGUUUGUUGCCAUUUAGUGAUGUUUACAUAUUCUUGAACACAGCACUGCUAUUUUCGAUCCUCUAACGCACACAACGUACAUAUUAAACAUACACGCACUCACCUAAUUCGUUUGAACAGAGUAUGGCACCUAAGACUUCAUCAGCUACACUUCGUCUGAAACAAGAUUACGUACGGUUGAAAAAUGAUCCAGUGCCGUAUGUAGUUGCUGAACCAAACCCGUCUAAUAUAUUGGAGUGGUAUUAUGUGGUAAGUGGGCCCGAUGAUUCGCCGUAUGCUGGUGGUUAUUAUUUGGGAAGGCUUGUGUUCCCCAGGGACUUUCCAUUUAAACCACCCAGCAUUUACAUGGUGACGCCCAAUGGUAGAUUUAAAACCAACACUCGCCUGUGUUUGUCCAUUAGUGAUUACCAUCCAGACACAUGGAAUCCGGCUUGGAGCGUAUCUACCAUACUUACUGGACUGCUCAGUUUCAUGUUGGAAAAUAGCCCUACAAUGGGUAGCAUUGAGAUGACUGAUUAUGAAAGACGUCAGCUGGCUGCUCAGAGUUUAGAAGCAAAUGUACGUGACGAAAAUUUCUGUGAACUAUUUCCAGAUCUUACCGUGACAAUUCAAAAAGAAAUAGAAAAACGAAAUUUAGCUAGAGCUAGUGAAGAACAAUUGCCAAGCACAGAUAGUAGCCAACCAGAAAACAAUAUUUUUCACUCAGUUAUCUAUAACAGUGUUGUAAUGGUUGGCUUUGCAUUAUUUAUUUAUUUGGUCAGAUAUGUUUUAUAUAAUAUGAAUGUUGAGUGAAAUUUCCUACUCAUUCCCUCAUUCCCUCUAUAUUUUAUUAAUUAUUAGAUUAUUUUAAUUUUAUGUUUUAAAUAAAAUGUUGUGUUACAAGUUGAA